UUCAGUCUCGCGGGCGACGUCUAGAGUCAACACUAACUCUUAUUCAAAUGCACUAGCUAAUUCAUCCCAUUCAGUAACAGGGCUGCGAACACAAAAUGCAGCCCCGUCGUUAAGGUGACUUGGCUUGCAUUUAAUUUCUUCGGUUUUCUCGCAAGAUCGAGAGUUGGUGAUCUUACCCACGACAGCCUUGUCAAAUGAGCUCGUGCUUCCCCCACGCGCAAGGUUGCUCCUAAACCUUGCACACUGAUUUAAACGUGCAAGAUCUGCACCCUCUCUCCGGUCAGCCGGCGACCCGCUGUGCCACAAUUCACAACGCAAAACAAAACUUAGUUACAGAGGACCUCCAGAAGCAAUAUGCUUUCCCGCAAAUAAUCCGAGGCAGACUUCUCCGGCUGUGCAACGUGGAUGUGAUGGUUACUGAUCUACAGGAACUCGCGUCCACGUUUCCGAGCUUAUCAUACAGGUGCAUCAUUACCCAGGCACGACAGGUACGGGUCCACACUCCACGGAACCUUGGACCCACUGAAAACAUCCAGCACAAUGAUGUCUUCCACGUAUGCAGACAGCACUUCGAUCACGAAGAGUGCGCCGCCCCUGUGGCAGGAAGUGAGAGCGGAGCCCGUGAUAUUCAGGCAGCGCUACUGUCCCACAAAGAACGGCGACCCCGGUGCCGCCGGCUCCCCCUGCUCCCAAUACAACCUGAGGGUGGAGACGUUCGGCAAUGACCCGUUUGGCCUCGGCUCACGGGAGAACGUGGUCUCGCCGGCUCCCAGUGACACCGAGCUAAAACCCAUCAAGAGAAGGAGGGCGGUGGUGGACCACCACGACGUCGUCAAAGCGCACCAGGCGCACAAGUUGAGCAGCACGGCGAGAGCCAAGCGCAGGGAGUGGGAAAUGGCGCGCUUUGGAGAUGAGGUGCCGGCUAGGUACGGCGGGGGUCCAGGACAGGGAUCGGGCCGCGGAGGCAGCAGGCAGGGUGGCCCCCAGGGAGCCCAGAGGAUGUACAAACAGUCGAUGGCCCAAAGAGCCAGAACUAUGGCCCUCUACAACCCCAUACCAGUCCGACAGAACUGCCUGACAGUCAACCGCUCCUUGUUCCUGUUCAGCGAGGACAACGUGGUGAGAAAAUAUGCCAAAAAGAUCACAGAGUGGCCUCCAUUCGAGUGGAUGAUACUGACCACUAUCAUCGCUAACUGCAUCGUGUUGGCUCUGGAGCAGCAUUUACCAAUGGAUGACAAGACACCUCUGUCGGAACGACUGGAUGACACAGAACCUUACUUCAUAGCUAUAUUCUGUUUUGAGUCGGGCAUUAAGAUUCUGGCGCUGGGUUUUGCCUUUCAUAAGGGCUCAUACCUGCGAAACGGCUGGAACGUCAUGGACUUCGUGGUCGUACUGACAGGAAUCUUGUCCACUGUAGGGUCAGACUUUGAUUUGCGGACGCUUCGAGCUGUCAGGGUGCUACGACCCCUCAAACUGGUCUCAGGAAUUCCAAGCCUGCAGGUGGUGCUGAAGUCUAUAAUGAAGGCCAUGAUUCCACUACUUCAGAUUGGCGUGCUGCUCUUUGUGGCCAUCCUUAUGUUUGCCAUCAUUGGUCUGGAAUUCUACUCGGGAAAGUUCCACAAAACGUGCUAUGACAACAUAACGGAGGAGAUUUUCGAUGAGCAGCCAUGUGGGGAUGAGUUCCCCGCACGGGUCUGUCCCACCGGGACAUUCUGCAAUGAGUCAUGGAUCGGCCCCAACUACGGCAUCACCCAGUUCGACAACAUACUGUUCGCUGUGCUCACUGUCUUCCAGUGCAUCACCAUGGAGGGGUGGACAGACAUGCUGUACUAUAGUAAUGAUGCCUUAGGGAGUGCCUGGAACUGGUUGUACUAUGUCCCCCUCAUCAUCAUUGGCUCAUUCUUCAUGCUCAACCUGGUGUUGGGUGUGCUGUCCGGUGAGUUUGCUAAAGAGAGGGAACGUGUGGAGAACAGGAGUGAGUUUCUUAAACUACGCCGCCAGCAGCAGAUUGAGAGGGAGCUCAAUGGCUAUCUGGAGUGGAUCUGCAAAGCAGAGGAGGUCAUUUUGGCAGAAGAUGACAAUGGAACAGAUAAUCGUUCACGACGGAGACCCACUAUAAAGAAGAAUAAAACUGACCUGCUGAACCCAGAGGAAGGAGAAGACCACCUGGGUGACGCAGUGGGUUCGCCAUACGGCCGUGCCAGUAAAGCUGAGGGCUCUGGCUUCAACAGGAAGGAGCGCCGUUUCCGCAUCCUGGUGCGGAAGAUGGUGAAGACGCAGGCCUUCUACUGGACCGUCCUCAGCCUUGUGGCCCUCAACACGCUGUGUGUGGCCGUCGUCCACUACAAACAGUCUAAACUGCUGUCUGACUUCCUCUUCUACGCGGAGUUUAUCUUCUUGGGUCUCUUCAUGAUGGAGAUGCUGAUAAAGAUAUAUGGACUGGGGGUCAGGCCAUACUUCCAUUCUUCCUUCAACUGCUUCGACUGCGCAGUCAUUGUAGGCAGUAUAUUUGAGGUGUUCUGGUCGGUGAUUAAACCAGGCGCGUCCUUCGGGAUCAGUGUACUCCGGGCUCUGAGGCUGCUCCGGAUCUUCAAAGUCACCAAGUACUGGGCCUCCCUGCGCAACCUGGUCGUGUCUCUGCUGAACUCCAUGAAGUCCAUCAUCAGCUUGCUCUUCCUCCUCUUCCUCUUCAUCGUGGUGUUCGCUCUGCUGGGCAUGCAGCUCUUCGGGGGCCAGUUUAAUUUUCAACUAGGAACUCCACCCACAAACUUUGACACCUUUCCUGCUGCAAUCAUGACAGUGUUUCAGAUCCUGACAGGAGAAGACUGGAACGUGGUGAUGUAUGAUGGAAUCCAGUCUCAGGGUGGUGUUAACAAAGGCAUGAUCUCCUCGGUGUUCUUCAUCGUACUCACACUAUUUGGAAACUACACUCUGCUGAAUGUUUUCUUGGCCAUUGCUGUGGACAACCUGGCCAAUGCUCAGGAACUCACCAAGGAUGAACAGGAGGAAGAAGAGGCUGCUUCACAGAAGAUGGCUCUGCAAAAAGCCAAAGAGGUGGCCGAGGUCAGCCCUCUCUCUGCUGCCAACCUCUCCAUCGCAGCUAAGGAGCAGCAGAAGAACUCAAAGGCACCGAAGUCAGUGUGGGAGCAGCGCACCAGCGAGAUCCGUCGGCACCACCUGAUGAACAGCAGGGAGGCGCUCUACAACGAGCUGGACGUGGAUGACCACUGGAAGAUGAACUACCGCAACCAUGCUGACAUGAAAACUCACCUAGACCGCCCCCUGGUGGUCAACGCUCAGGAGAACCGCAACAACAACACCAACAAGCCCCGGCCGGGUGAGGCCGGCCCGCAGAGACCCGACGACCGCCUGAACCGCCCGCCCUGCUACCAGCCCCACCUCCACUCCACCCGGCUGGGCCUGCACCGCCCCGACUGCAGGGACGACGGGGUGGAGGCGAGCCAGCGCAGGUGCUCUCGACACCACCCCCACAGACACAGGGAGGAGGACGGGGCGGAGCGGGGUGGGAGCCACCGCAACCGAGGGGCGAGGGCGGGCGGACACACGGAUGAGGUCCAGGAGAGGAGGCAGAGGAGGCAUCGCCACAGCAACCAUGGAGACGGGCAAGGGAGUAGGGACCGCAGCUGCCAAAAUUGUUCGAGGAAGGAGGGUGUUGUGUGCACUGCUUGUCCAGUGCUGCAGGUCCCCUCGUACGCGAACAGCCAGCACAGUGAGGAUCUGGAUAACCUGAGGAACGCCAGCAGACUGGCCCUCCAUGACCCUGUGCGACUCCUUCACGACCCGUACCGCGACCCGGAGCAGACCAAUAACCUGCUGAACCUGCGCGGGCGAGAGCUACAGGAGAGCACCCUCAUCCUCACAGACCCGAUGAAGAGCCCAGUCAAGACACAGUACACUGCCAUAGACAUGCCUCCCAUGUACCCCUCUCUCAAUGCCCAGCUACAGGUGAAUAAGAAUGCCAACACCGAACCAGCCAAAGAGGACGAAAAGAAGGAGGGGGACGAGACUGCGAAGGAUGACGAAGAUGGACCGAAACCAAUCCCCCCGUUUAGCUCCUGCUUCAUCCUCUCUCCCACAAACCCGUUCCGUAAAUGCUGCCAUUACAUCCUAACUCUGCGCUACUUUGAGAUGUGUAUUCUCUCUGUAAUUGCCAUGAGCAGCAUUGCUCUGGCAGCUGAAGAUCCCGUCUGGCCCGAAUCACCACAGAACAAUGUCCUUCGAUACUUUGACUACGUCUUCACUGGUGUGUUCACUUUUGAGAUGUUGAUCAAGAUGGUGGUGCUGGGUUUGGUUCUUCACGAGGGUGCCUAUUUCCGUGACCUGUGGAACUUUCUGGACUUUAUAGUGGUUAGUGGUGCCCUGGUAGCCUUUGCCUUCACGAGCACCAUUGGGGGUAGCAGUAAGGGGAAAGACUUCAGCACCAUCAAGUCUCUCCGAGUGCUACGGGUCCUCAGACCCCUCAAGACCAUCAAGCGACUGCCUAAACUAAAGGCGGUGUUCGACUGCGUGGUGAACUCUCUGAAGAACGUGCUGAACAUCCUCAUCGUCUACAUGCUGUUCAUGUUCAUCUUCGCCGUCAUAGCUGUUCAGCUCUUCAAGGGACGCUUCUUCUACUGCACCGAUGAGUCCAAAGAGUUUGAGCACGACUGCAGGGGUGAGUACCUGGUGUACGAGCGGGAUAACGAGGUGAAAGCACAGAAGAGGCUCUGGGAUAAGUACGACUUCCACUACGACAACGUCCUGUGGGCCCUGCUCACUCUCUUCACUGUGUCCACUGGAGAGGGGUGGCCUGACGUGUUAAAACACUCAGUGGACUCCACCUACGAGAACCAGGGCCCGAGCCCGGGCUACCGGAUGGAGAUGUCCAUCUUUUACGUGGUGUACUUCGUGGUCUUCCCCUUCUUCUUUGUCAACAUCUUCGUCGCUCUCAUCAUCAUCACCUUCCAGGAGCAAGGAGACAAAAUGAUGGAGGACUACAG